GAUGGAGCUGAAUACGGAACAAAUCUUCCCAUCCUUAAUUUCCCUCCAUACCCAUCUCACUCCCAUUCCCAUCACUUCUCUCUCUUUCUCUCACCUUCAACCUCUUCUCUCACUAAAACUCUCUCUCUCUCUGGAGAUCUGCAUUUGGGGUUGACUGGUUCUCUCGUUACUAUUCAGGGUAUAGAAGGUGUAAGGUUGAUUAGUACAGUGAAAAGGGCUGUGAGAGGAGGUUGUCAUGGCCAGAGAACAAUUGCAAGUGCUUAAUGCACUUGAUUUGGCCAAAACACAAUGGUACCAUUUCACGGCAAUUGUAAUCGCCGGCAUGGGUUUUUUCACCGAUGCCUAUGAUCUGUUUUGUGUAUCUUUGGUGACUAAAUUGCUUGGCCGCCUAUACUACCACCACCCUGGUGAUGCCAAACCAGGGACUCUGCCUCCUAAUGUCGCGGCUGCAGUUAAUGGUGUUGCAUUUUGUGGCACCCUUGCUGGCCAGCUCUUCUUUGGAUGGCUCGGGGACAAAAUGGGGCGUAAACGAGUCUAUGGCAUGACCCUUAUGCUGAUGGUCAUCUGCUCAAUUGGCUCUGGCCUUUCCUUUAGCAAUGACCCUAAGGCUGUUAUGGCCACACUUUGUUUCUUUCGCUUCUGGCUAGGCUUUGGCAUUGGUGGCGAUUACCCUCUUUCCGCCACCAUUAUGUCUGAGUAUGCCAACAAAAAGACUCGUGGAGCGUUCAUUGCAGCUGUGUUUGCCAUGCAAGGUUUUGGAAUUUUGGCUGGUGGAAUGGUUGCCAUUAUAGUUUCUGCAGCAUUUAGGUCCAAGUAUCCAGCCCCGGACUAUGCAACUAAUCCUGCUACCUCUGCUGUCCCGCAAGCUGAUUAUGUUUGGCGUAUAAUUGUAAUGUUUGGUGCAGUACCGGCUGCUCUUACUUAUUACUGGCGUAUGAAGAUGCCUGAAACUGCCCGUUACACUGCUUUAGUCGCCAAGAAUGCCAAAAGGGCUGCUGCUGAUAUGUCCAAAGUUUUGCAAGUUGAUAUAGAAGCAGAACAAGAGAAAGUUGAAAGUAUUUCCCAAGAUAAAGGAAAUGACUUUGGCUUGUUUUCAAAGAAGUUUCUGCAUCGCCAUGGGCUUCACUUGCUUGGUACCACUAGCACGUGGUUUUUACUGGACAUCGCCUUCUAUAGUCAGAACCUUUUCCAAAAGGACAUUUUCAGUGCAAUUGGGUGGAUUCCACCAGCCCAAACAAUGGAUGCCAUUGAGGAGGUUUACAAAAUAGCAAGGGCUCAAACUCUCAUAGCUCUUUGCAGUACUGUUCCUGGCUACUGGUUUACCGUGUUCCUCAUAGAUAGAAUCGGGAGGUUUGCAAUUCAAUUGAUGGGCUUCUUCUUCAUGACAGUGUUUAUGUUUGCCUUAGCUAUUCCCUACGAUCACUGGACUCACAAAGACAACCGAAUUGGAUUUGUCAUCAUGUAUUCACUAACCUUCUUCUUUGCGAACUUUGGUCCAAAUGCCACAACCUUUGUUGUGCCAGCAGAGAUUUUCCCAGCAAGGCUACGGUCAACGUGCCAUGGUAUAUCAGCAGCAGCUGGCAAAGCCGGAGCAAUAGUGGGAGCGUUUGGUUUCUUGUAUGCAGCUCAAAAUCAGAACAAGGAUAAGACAGAUAAAGGGUAUCCACCUGGUAUUGGUGUGAGGAAUUCGCUUAUUGUUCUUGGCGUGGUCAACUUCUUAGGUAUUCUUUUCACAUUCUUGGUGCCUGAAUCAAACGGAAAAUCUUUGGAGGAAAUGUCCCAGGAGAACGAAGAAGAAAAUGAAUCGGCAACUGAGAUGAGGCCUCAUGGUGGUGCUGAUGCUAGGACAAUGCCAGUUUAAUCAGGCCUUCUUCUCUAUAGUUUCUUUGUGUUAUUCGGGGUACUUAGUUGACUAUGCAUGUCCUCGAGCACACAUCUUAAGAUGGAAUAAGCUUUUUCGCUUCACUUCCAGCACAUCUUAAGAUGGAAUAAGCUCUUACGCUGCUUUCUGGUGUUUAUUACGAUCUUUUGAUGUAGAAAGAUAAGUUUGUGAUUGUCUUUGAAUUCCACAUAUUGCAAACCGAAGUAAAAUGAAAAAACUUUUGUGCAUA